UAUGAUUUAGAUAUUAUUUGUUUUUGUAGGAAAUUUGUCUCUCAACUCAUCAAGUUCAACAAAUAUUUAUGUCAAUAUAGACAUACCAGAAGCAGCUGAACUCAUCCAGUCAUUCAAGAGUAGCAAUGAUUUGUGUUCACCUGAUAAUGCAAACCUCACGAACAAGACAAGGACUAUAUCUGACAUUUUGCAUUUGGCAGUAUCAGGGAGUAAUAUGACUGGUGUGUAUAACUGUGUUGCAACGGUGGAUGAGAUUUUGGAAAAAAAUGGAUGGUAUUAUGUCUCAUGUCCUAAAUGCAAAAAAAGUGCAUCUGCGGCUAAAACAAACUUCACAUGUGCUUUCUGUGAAGAAAGUGUGGAUUAUCCCGUUACAAGGUAUCGUUUGGAGCUUCGUGUGAGGGACGCUACAGAUUCUACUAUAUUUGUAUUGUUUGAUGACCUUGCUGAGCAAAUUGCACAAAUAAAAUUGGUUGAUCUAACCUCAGCUUUGGAGAAUGAAACUGAAAAUGUUGUAGCAAUACCACAUCAACUCCAAAGGAUCGUUGGAACCACUCAUAUAUUCCAAAUUAAGAUGAAGUCUUACUUUGAGGGUCGUGGAAGACAGAGUUUCACAGUGAAUAGAAUUGUGAAACCUACGGUGAAGGUUGUCCUCUAA